GCGAAUUGUUUAGGCCUACUGAAUUAGUUGAUCCUGCUGAUUAUCGUUGAUAAACGUAAAAACAGAACCAUGAAUCAGAUAAAAACUAAUCAAUCCCCCAGAAGGUUGACUGCUGCAAAUGGGAACGUAGUGCCUUCCGUGAUAAAAAAGAAGGCACACGACACUUACCCUUCUGCAGAAGCUAGAAGUGAUUGAGCUGCUGGAUUUAGGGAAUUAUUCUCUGGACAAAAUUGCUCGAACUUUCAACGUCUGCAAAUCCACUGUUUUGAAUAUUUCUCGUAAAAGAGACUCAAUUCGCACAGCUGAAAAUCGUUUCCGGGAAAGCGGAGUAUCAGGUAGGCGAACUAUGAAGUCGGCAAGAUUCAUCGAUUUGGAGGAAGCGCUGUUCAUGUGGAUCUUGCAGGAGAGAAAUAAGAAGCAUACCAUUACACCAGAUGUCGUAAAAACAAAAGCAGAGGUGUUAUUUUCCAUGCUGAAGGAAAAACGAAAGUAUUCAAACGAAGUGACUUUCGCUGCUACGAACGGAUGGUACGACAGGUUCCGAAAACGUUACGGAUUGCGCAUGCUGACUGUUUCUGGCGAAAAGGCAUCCGGGGAUAUUGAGGCGUUUACUUCAUUCAAAAGCAAUUUUCUCCAGGUUAUUUUGGAAAAUGGAUAUGAGAAGCAUGAAAUCUACAACGCGGAUGAAUCGGGGCUGUUUUUCAAGCUGCUUCCAUCACGAACGUUGACUUUGCAUGAUGAAGACAUAGCCGAAGGAAGGAAGGUAAUCAAAUCCCGUGUUACUUUCAUGCCUUGUAGCAAUAUAGAUGGGUCAAAUAAAUUGCCUUUGAUGCUUCUGGGAACCGCACAAAAUCCAAGAACCCUCCCAAAGGACAAAUCAUCGUUACCCGUGUACUAUAGAAGCUCCAAAAAAGCAUGGAUGAACAGAAUACUUUUCAGGGAGUGGUUCUAUGAUCAGUUUGUUCCAUCGGUCAAAGCAUUCGCUCAAAAGCACAAUCGUGCACCACGUGCUUUGCUUCUACUUGACAAUUGUUCAGCUCACCAUGAUGGUGGUGAUAUUCUCGAAUGUGAUGACAUUAAAGUUGCGUAUUUACCACCCAACGUUACAUCACUCGGCCAACCUAUGGACCAGGGAGUUUUGAAUGCAAUUAAAAAACGUUUCAAAAAAAAGCUGAUGUUGCGUCUUCUUUUGAGCGACGAAGAUUUAUCUAUUGAGGAGAAACUGAAAGGGAUUUCAUUGCGUGAGGUGAUAUGCUGGCUGCAUCAAUCAUGGGAGGAAAUUUCCGGAAAAACUAUUGAAGGAUCCUGGAAAAACCUGAUCGAUGAAUAUCCAUAUUUCACUCUGGAAAAUGAAGUGAAACAGUGGCUUAAUGAUAGUGUCUACGAUAUGAACAGUAAUAUUCUCACCGGGGAUUGCGACCUCUACACUGAUCAGGAAAUUGUGGACUAUGUGCCUAACCGCCAGGAAAACUCCAGCCUGGAGUUUGAUACUUCAAAUGAGUUUGACCAAAGUAAUACGAUUCCCAACGAUGCGAUUAGGAUUGUUAGAUUCGAUGAGGGCCGUGAUAAGCACGACAAAGCCAUGGAAUGUGUGGAGUAUCUCAUUGACUUUUUGGAAGAUGAAGGAGACACACUAGAGGUCAUUAAGUUACAUAAUGUGAAAAGCAAGUUAAUCGAGCUUGAAUGGAAACGACGUCGAGAAUCAUGA